AUGCUAUCUUCAAAACUCAACCCAUCAUUCAUCAUCGGAAUCUUCCUCGUUUAUGGCCUCAGCCACGGCUUCUCGGUCUCCUUUUUCAAAAUUGUCACUGACUACUACUGGAAAGAUGUCCAAAAAGUACAACCCUCGAAGGUACAAGUCUUCAUAGGAUUGUACCAUAUUCCAUGGGUCAUGAAGCCCAUAUGGGGUCUCAUGACCGAUGUCUUUUCGGUGAUGGGGUACAAGAGACGACCAUACUUCACUGUGGCGGUAGUGGUGGGGGUGGUGGCAGCAACCAUGGUGGCACAAGCUGGUGCGAGGGUGGGAGUAGGUGCGGCGUUGUGGUGUUUGAUAGCGAUUGCAGCGGGAAUGGCGAUGACGGAUGUGACCAUAGAUGCUUGCAUAGCGAGAAAUAGUAUAGAGAUAAAGGCAUUAGCUUCGGAUAUGCAGAGCCUCUGUGGGGUGUGCUCGUCGGUCGGUGCCCUCAUUGGUUACUCCACCAGUGGCUUCUUUGUUCAUCAUCUUGAGCAUCUGGACCUCAUGUUAGCAACAAGCCCUAACUGUCACUCCCUCUCUGAUUUCAUCUUCUCCAUCGAUCACCCCCUUGUGAUUUCAUCUUCUCCAUCGACAAUGGUGAUGUGCGUCUGCAGAAAGUGGGCGAUAGUUCGGACAUCGUGGACAGAUAACAACCCAGGGCGCCGAUUUUGGGGAUGUCCUGACCCGAAUUCAUCAUGUGGGUUUAUUGGGUGGUAUGAUGAACCCAUGUGUGCUCGUUCCAAAGUUAUAAUACCAGGGCUGCUUAGGACAAUCAAUAAGCUACGAAAAGCAAUGGAUGAUACAAAAGAACAAGCAAGCAAGCAUGAAAAAGCAAUGGAGAAGAUCAAAGAACAAGCAACUAUGUUGAAGUAUUACCUAGUCUAUAGUUGGAUUUCUUUUUGUUGUUGUGUUGGUGUUCUUGUUGUAAGUCCACAGGUUGAUUGUGGUUAUCUUUUGUAAUAGGAUAGGGGUAUAUGUGUCUGGUUUAAGUUUUUUUUUUUGCUAAUGUGGAACAUUGUAAUGCAAAGUAAUGG